AUGGAUGACAAUGAGGCUGAUGAUGAUGAAGACGAUGGAAAUCAUGAACGUGAUGAUAAGCAAGGCGAUGAUGAUGAUAUAGAGGAUGUAAAAGAUAAUAAUGACAGUGAUCCGGGUAGUAUAUCUGGUGAAGAAGACAGCGAAGAUGAUAAUAAAGUAAGUGCAGAUAAUCAGGAAGACAGUGAUAGUGAUUCAGCUAAUAGAGGUGAUGAUCCGGAUAGCAAGUCUUAUGAGGAGGACGGCGAAGAUAAUAACGAAGUUAUUGCAGAUAACAAGGAAAACAGUGAUAGCGAUUCAGCUAAUAAAGAUGAUGAUACGGAUAAUAAAUAUUAUGAGGAAGUAAGUGAAGUUAGUGCAGAAGAUAAAGAAGACAGUGAUAUUGAUUCUGCUAAUGGAGAUGAUGAUCCAGAUAGCAAGUCUGAUGAAGAAGACAGCGAAGCUGAUAAUGAAGUUAGUGCAGAUGAUGAAAUAGACAGUGAUACUGAUUCUGCUAAUGGAGAUGAUGAUCCGGAAAGCAAGUCUGAUGAAGAAGACAGCGAAGCUGAAAAUGAAGUUAGUGCAGAUGAUGAAAUAGACAGUGAUACUGAUUCAGGUAAUAGAGAUGAUAAUCCGGAUAACAAGUCUGAUGAAGAAGACAGCAAAGAUGAUAAUGAAGUUAGUGCAGAUGAUGAAAAAGACAGUGAUAGUGAUUCAGCUAAUACAGAUGAUGAUCCGGAUAGCAAAUCUUAUGAGGAAGACGGCGAAGGCGAUAAUGAAGUUAGUGCAGAAAAUAAAGAAGACAGUGAUAUUGAUUCAGCUAAUAUAAGUAAUGAUCCGGAUAGCAAGUCUGUUGAAGAAGACAGCAAAGAUGAUAAUGAAGUUAGUGCAGAUGAUGAAAAAGACAGUGAUAAUGAUUCAGCUAAUAGAGAUGAUGAUCCGGAAAGCAAGUCUGAUGAAGAAGACAGCGAAGAUGAUAAUGAAGUUAGUGCAGAUGAUGAAAUAGACAGUGAUAGUGAUUCAGGUAACAGAGAUGAUAAUCCGGAUAGCAAGUCUGAUGAAGAAGACAGCGAAGAUGAUAAUGAAGUUAGUGCAGAUGAUGAAAAAGAUAGUGAUAGUGAUUCAGCUAAUAGAGAUGAUAAUAUUGAUAGUGACAAUGAUUCGAAUAGUGACGAUAAUGAAGAAACUCAUGGCAAUUAUAAUGAUAACAGAAAUGAUUCGGAUAACGAGGAUUACAGUGAAGAAGAUAAAGACAACGAUGAGUGUAAUAAAGAAAAUGAUAGUGAAGAAAAUGGUUGUGAUAGUGGGAGUACAAAUAGUGAGGACAGUGAGUAUAGCAGCGAAGAGAGCGAUGGUAACGAAAAGAGUGACAGUAGUGAUGGCAAUUCCUGCAUACCAGACAACUCACACAAACCACCUAAAAAGACGACAAAGAAGUCGGGAAUCCGUAAAACUUCAACACCAUCCGCCCCAUCUGAAAGUUCUCAGGACACAACUACAGUGAACACAGAAGAAUCCCAAAAUCCAACAUCAACUGAUAGUUCCGUUAUUACCUCGCCCAGCACUGGUAUGACUAUUUUUGAAUCCACGACAUCAUCUGGUGACGAUUCAGCAAGGUCGAGUGCUACGUCAUCCGCCACUUCCGAAAGUUCUCAGGAUACGACUGCAGUGAACACAGAAGAAUCCCAAAAUCCAACAUCAACUGAUAGUUCCGAUAUUACCUCGCCCAGCACUGGUACGACUAUUUUUGAAUCCACGGCAUCAUCUGGUGACGAUUCCGAAAGAGCGAGCUCUACGUCAUCCGCCACUUCUGAAAGUUCCCAGGACACAAGUGAAGUGAACACAGAAGAAUCCCAAAAUCCAACAUCAUCUGAAGGUUCCGAUAUUACCUCUCCCAGCACUGAUACGACUAUUUCUGUUGCCACGACAUCAUCUGGUGACGAUUCAGCAAGGUCGAGUGCUACGUCAUCCCCCACUUCUGAAAGUUCUCAGGAUACGACUGCAGUGAUCACAGAAGAAUCCCAAAAUCCAACAUCAACUGAUAGUUCCGAUAUUGCCUCGCCCAGCACAGGUACGACUAUUUUUGAAUCCACGGCAUCAUCUGGUGACGAUUCCGAAAGAGCGAGCUCCACGUCAUCCGCCACUUCUCAAAGUUCCCAGGACACAAGUGAAGUGAACACAGAAGAAUCCCAAAAUCCAACAUCAUCUGAAGGUUCAGAUAUUACCUCUCCCAGCACUGAUACGACUAUUUCUGUUGCCACGACAUCAUCUGGUGACGAUUCAGCAAAGUCGUGUGCUACGUCAUCCCCCACUUCUGAAAGUUCUCAGAAUACGACUGCAGUGAACACAGAAGAAUCCCAAAAUCCAACCUCAACUGAUAGUUCCGAUAUUACUUCGGCUAGCACUGGUAUGACUAUUUUUGAGUCCACGACAUCAUCUGGUGACGAUUCGCCAAGGUCGAGUGCUCCGUCAUCCCCCACUUCUGAAAGUUCUCAGGACACAACUGCAGUGAACACAGAAGAAUCCCAAAAUCCAACAUCAUCUGAAGGUUCCGAUAUUACCUCUCCCAGCACUGAUACGACUAUUUCUGUUGCCACGACAUCUUCUGGUGACGAUUCAGCAAGGUCGAGUGCUACGUCAUCCCCCACUUCUGAAAGUUCCCAGGACACAAGUGAAGUGAACACAGAAGAAUCCCAAAAUCCAACAUCAUCUGAAGGUUCCGAUAUUACCUCUCCCAGCACUGAUACGACUAUUUCUGUUGCCACGACAUCAUCUGGUGACGAUUCCGAAAGAGCGACCUCUACGUCAUCCGCCACUUCCGAAAAUUCUCAGGAUACGACUGCAGUGAACACAGAAGAAUCCCAAAAUCCAACAUCAACUGAUAGUUCCGAUAUUGCCUCGCUGAGCACUGGUACGACUAUUUUUGAAUCCACGAUAUCAUCUGGUGACGAUUCAGCAAGAGCGAGCUCUACGUCAUCCGCUACUUCUGAAAGUUCGCAGGAUACGACAGCAGUGAACACAGAAGAAUUCCAAAAUCCAACAUCAACUGAUAGUUCCGUUAUUACUUCGGCUAGUACUGGUAUGACUAUUUUUGAAUCCAUGACAUCAUCUGGUGACGAUUCCGAAAGAGCGAGCUCCACGUCAUCCGCCACUUCUCAAAGUUCCCAGGACACAAGUGAAGUGAACACAGAAGAAUCCCAAAAUCCAACAUCAUCUGAAGGUUCCGAUAUUACCUCUCCCAGCACUGAUACGACUAUUUCUGUUGCCACGACAUCAUCUGGUGACGAUUCAGCAAGGUCGAGUGCUACGUCACCCGCCACUUCUGAAGGUUCUCAGGACACAACUGCAGUGAACACAGGAGAAUCCCAAAAUCUAAAGACAUCAGGAGAAUCUCAGGCUAGCUCUUUGGAAUAAUUUACUCCGUCAACGCUGAUAAAAGGCUUAUGUUGUUAAUGAGCCUUGGUUUUAAUAUCCUUAUCGUUCGAUGAGAUGGAAUU